GUCUGCCUCUUCUCAGGUGCAUCUCCGUGUUAGCGCUCCUGAGAGCACGAGGGUCUUCGACCGAGGCAGCCUUAAAGGUAGACCGGUGUCUUGUCUGAUCAGGCUCAAUGCCGUUAUACCUCUGUGUGGACUGUGGCGGCUCGAAGGCUGCCGCUGUCAUCGCCGAUGAGACGGGCAACCCCGUCGCCCGUGCCCUCGGAGGCCCCUCCAACUUUGCAUACCUCGGCUUGGAGGCCUUCGUUGCUGUUGUGAAGGAGACCGUCGAGAGCGCUCUCAAAGCUUGCGAUCCAUCUGUGCUGAAAGCCAAUGGAAUCGAUUCUUCAACACAGCUGACCCUUCCUCCUCCGGAAGGAAAGUCUUACCUGGCUGCCGCCUGGCUCGGUGUCUCUGGAUGCGACUCGCCGCAAGCCGUCGCUGACAUCACUCCUGCUGUCGAAGCCCUCCUCGGUGUCCGUCCGCGCGUUGCGAAUGACACGCAUCUCCUCGCUGCGCCUAUGACGCUCUAUCCCGACGUGACCGGUGCUGUAGCUGUUGUGGCAGGGACAGGUGGGAUUGUCGUGAGCUUCCGUGAGGCGGUGCAGAAGGAGACCGGAGAGAAGGCGGGGCUGGAGGAGCUCGGGCGGUGUGGAGGAUGGGGCUGGAUAUUGGGCGACGAGGGAGGUGGCUUCCAUGUUGGGCGGGAGGCUAUUCGGCAGGUGCUCGACGAGGCAGAUCGGGCCUCCGUGAAACCCAAAACGACCGAGACGUCUACUCCAUCCGAGAAGCCAUGGGGUCUCCGCCAACGCGUUCUCGCCCGCUUCGGCAUCACCGACGUCUACGAGCUCCUCACCAUCGUGCACAAGCCCGACCCCGCGCCCAUCUCCCCCUCCACACUUGCGCCCGCGAGCUCCGACGCGACACUAUCGCUCUGGCCGACGCCGCCGACCUUCGACCCUGCGAUGGCGAAGGACGGCCUCCUCCCGAUGACCGCGAUGCCGCGCGAGAAGCGGCUCUCCUCGCUCAGCCCGCUCGUGUUCGCCGCGGCGUUCGAGGACGGCGACCCACUCGCGAUCCGCGUCCUCCAGGCGACGUCCAGCGCGCUCGUCGACCAGAUCUGCGUGCUGCUCCGCACGGAGGAGCGGUCGUCUGAGGGAGAGCGCCGCAUCAGGGCGGCGGAGAGCAUCCUGUGCAUGGGCGGCUCAUUGAGCGGCGUGGACGCGUAUCGGAAGCUGAUCGUGGACGAGCUGGAGAGGAGGGGACAUGUGUUCCGCCGUGUGCAGGUUGUGGACGAUGCGGCGGCUGUGGGGGCGAAGGCUCUGACGCUUAUGAAGACGUAAUUGGGGGCAGGACGAGGAAUGAACAAUCAAGUAUAUGGAUCUUUGUACAUCUACGUCUGCGCGUGGGGCUUGAUUAACUUUGGAUAGUUCAUGUAGGAACGUAAUCAUCUUGUUCGUUUUCGUUCUUGAUAGCACAGACAAUGACGCUGGAUCUGCGAGAGGCAUCAUCACAUUGGAGUUCCUGAUGCCUAUGCGUAUACAUCGUCGGCCG